AGCCGAGAUCUGGAGGCAGUGCGGUUCGGCAGGCGCGGUUCAGUCGGGCGGCGGCGGCGGAGGAGGAGGAGGAUGUUGGCUACGCACGGGCUAGCGGUGGCGCUGGCUCUGAGCGUGCUGCCGGGCAGCCGGGCGCUUCGGCCAGGCGACUGCGAAGUUUGCAUUUCUUAUCUGGGAAGAUUUUACCAGGACCUCAAAGACAGAGAUGUCACAUUCUCACCAGCCUCAAUUGAAAAAGAGCUAAUAAAAUUCUGCCGAGAUGCAAGAAGCAAAGAGAAUCGGUUGUGCUACUACAUUGGGGCCACAGAUGAUGCUGCCACAAAGAUCAUCAAUGAAGUGUCUAAGCCCCUGUCACAUCACAUCCCUGUGGAGAAAAUAUGCGAGAAGCUCAAGAAGAAAGAUAGCCAGAUCUGUGAGCUGAAGUAUGACAAGCAAAUUGACCUGAGCACAGUGGACCUGAAGAAGCUGCGAGUUAAAGAGCUAAAGAAGAUCCUGGACGACUGGGGGGAAUCGUGUAAAGGCUGUGCGGAAAAGUCUGACUUCAUUCGGAAGAUUAAUGAACUGAUGCCUAAAUAUGCCCCCAAGGCAGCCAGUUCACGGACUGAUUUGUAAUCUGCCUGAUUGCUGCUGCACCUGAGGGGAGGGGAACAAAAAACAAUUCGUCUGUAUCUUUCCCAAAACAGCCUUUUGUAAUUUAUUUUUUAGGCAGGCUCCUGACAGUGUCAGGUGUGAAGCCUGGAGCUUUCUUAAUGCUGGCUCUCCAGAGCCCCGUUGGGGGUGUUCACUCUAUUCUGUUGCUGGUUUACUCUAGGACUUCAAAGUGUGUCUGGGAUUUUUUUAUUAAAGGAAGAAAAUUUCUAGCUGUC